UGUUUUUAAUUGUUUCCUUUUUUUUUUUUUUGUAAAUUGUAGAUCUACUAGAUAAGAGAGAAAAUAAAAAUGAAAAAUCAUACACAGGUAACUGAGUUCAUCCUCCUGGGACUGUCAGAUAACCCAGAGCUUCAAAUGCUUAUUUUUUUCUGCCUCUUACUCACCUACGUACUCAGUAUUGCUGGAAAUGUGACUAUCAUCAUCCUUACUCUGCUGGAUUCUCACCUCCAGACCCCAAUGUAUUUCUUCCUCCGAAAUUUCUCCUUCUUAGAAAUUUCAUUUACAACUGCCAGUGUUCCAAGAUUCUUAAGCAACAUUAUUACUGAGGACAAUACCAUUUCAUAUAAUGAUUGCAUGGCUCAGUUCUUUUUUGUCAUUCUCUUUGGAGGAACUGAAUUUUACCUUCUAGCGGUCAUGUCCUAUGAUCGCUAUGUAGCUAUCUGCAAACCUUUACAUUAUACGACCAUCAUGAGCAACAGAAUCUGCACAUUGCUUGUGGUCUGCUCAUGGUUGAUUGCAUGCAUGAUCAUCUUCACUGAAAUCAUUCUGAUUCUUCAGCUUGAUUAUUGUGCUGAUAAUAUAAUUGACCACUUCAUUUGUGAUUAUUCUCCCCUCUUACAGCUAUCCUGCACAGAUACCCAAUUUUUAGAAACAUUUGGCUUUUUCUGUGCUGUAGUUACUCUUCUGUUUACACUGACAUUAAUAAUCUUCUCCUACACAUAUAUCAUCCAGACAAUUAUGCGGAUUCCCUCUGUCAGUCAGAGGAAAAAGGCCUUUUCCACUUGUUCUUCUCAUAUGAUUGUCAUCUCCAUUUUUUAUGGCAGCUCCAUCUUCAUGUACAUGAAACCCUCAGCAAAGGACAGAAUUAAUCUGAGUAAGGGAGUUGCUGUGCUUAAUACAUCAGUUGCCCCUGUAUUGAAUCCCUUCAUUUAUAGUCUAAGGAAUCAGCAAGUGAAACAAGCUUUCAUGAACAUGAUGCAGAAGAUUGUCUUUUCUUCAAGUAAAGGAAAAAUUUUGUCCAACUGA